AUGGCGGAAUCACCUAAAAGACGAAAAACUUGGAAUAAAGAACACAUGGUGUUGGCAAUUAAGCCAGUUAGGCAACACAAUAUGGGGUACAAGAAGGCAUCAAAGCAUUUUGGUGUGCCAAAAGGCACCCUCGAACGCUAUGUGAAACAAAUUGACGUAACUCCAGAGGAUGUGGACAGUGAAGUCGAAAAAGUCACCAAGAAAGUAAAAUUUAAUGAGACUAUAAAUCUUCCAAACAGUAACAAGACACUACAAAAAACCAAAAAAGAAAAAUUUUAUGAGACCACAAAUCAUCCAAGCAGUAACAAGACAAUAUGUGAUGAAAGCGAUUCAGAAGUUCCUUACAACGACGACAGCGAUGAAGAAGACAAUGAUGCAGAGUGCCUGUUUUGUACGAACCUGUAUUCUGCGGACACACAUGGUGAACAAUGGGUAAAAUGCAUAAAAUGUUACCGAUGGGCGCACGAACAUUGUGGUGCAGAAGAUGCAAACUUCAUUUGUCCAAUGUGUGAAGAGAGGAAAUAA